GUGCACACCUCCAUCCGGCAUGCUGAGCGAGCUCAAUCAAGUGCACAUACAAGAGGACCUCCCCUCUCCUCCGUUGCUGGGAGUGACAGGACACUUGCUGCUCAAGCAACAAGCUUAGUGUUGAUAUCUAAGCUCUAAUUUACCUAGCUAGCUAACUAGCUACCUCUUCAUUAAUUUUAGCACUACAAGCAGUUAAGACAAAAUGGAGAUACCUAUGGAUCCCUUGUUUCUUGCAUGGAGCUACUUUAGAAGACGGAAGUUCCAACCAUGUUCCAAUAUUUGUUCGAAGAUAUUGGAGGACAGUCCAUACGACCAGGAACCUGACUCAUCAUCAUAUAUCUCUGAGGCUGCAUGGAGUCUGAAGACCCGUGCUCUGACAGAGAUGGUGUACAUUGAUGAGGUGGAGGUGGACCAGGAGGGGAUCGCUGAGAUGUUGCUGGAUGAGAGCUCCAUCGCACAGGUUGCUCGCCCUGGGACAUCACUGAGGCUUCCAGGAACAAGCCAUGGAGGUGGACCUACUCCAGCCAUCAGGCCCAUGACCCAAUCGGGACGUCCUAUCACAGGGUUUGUGAGGCCCAGUACUCAGUCUGGCAGACCAGGGACGAUGGAACAAGCCAUCAGGACCCCUCGCACGGCACACACUGCCCGUCCUGUCACUAGUGCGUCUGGGAGAUUUGUCCGGCUGGGAACAGCCUCCAUGUUGACCAAUCCUGAGGGACCAUUUAUAAACUUAUCUAGACUCAACUUAGCUAAAUAUGCCCAGAAGCCCAAUUUAUCCAAGACCUUAUUUGAGUACAUCUUCCAUCAUGAAAAUGAUGUUAAAAAUGCUUUAGACCUGGCUGCUCUGGCCACUGAGAAUGCUCAGUUUAAAGACUGGUGGUGGAAAGUCCAGCUGGGGAAAUGCUACUACAGACUUGGUUUACACCGGGAAUCAGAAAAACAGUUCCGAUCUGCUCUCAAUCAUCAGGAGGUGGUGGACACGUACCUCUAUCUGGCCAAGGUGUAUCAGCGGCUUGAUCAGCCUAUAACUGCACUGAACCUCUUCAAGCAAGGUCUGGACCACUUUCCUGGGGAGGUCACUCUCUUAGCAGGAAUUGCUCGCAUUCACGAGGAGAUGAAUAACUUCACCUCAGCCACAGAGUACUACAAAGAUGUCCUGAAGCAGGACAACACUCACGUUGAGGCUAUCGCCUGCAUAGGCAGCAAUCACUUCUACACGGACCAGCCUGAGGUCGCCCUGCGCUUUUACAGACGGCUGCUGCAGAUGGGAGUAUAUAAUUGCCAGCUGUAUAACAACCUUGGACUGUGCUGCUUCUAUGCCCAGCAGUAUGACAUGACCCUCUCCUCCUUCGAGAGGGCUCUGGCCCUAGUGGCCAACGAUGAGGAGCAGGCUGACGUCUGGUACAACAUUGGACACGUAGCUGUGGGAAUAGGAGACCUGACUCUGGCAUACCAGUGUUUUAAACUGGCCUUGGCCUUCAACAACGACCAUGCUGAGGCCUAUAAUAACCUGGCGGUGCUGGAGCUACGCAAGGGACACGUUGAGCAGUCCAAAGCGUUCCUCCAGACCGCUGCAUCACUCGCCCCUCACAUGUAUGAACCACACUUUAACUACUCCACUCUGUCAGACAAGAUUGGAGAUCUGCAGAGUAGCUAUACUGCUGCCCAGAGGUCAGAGGAUGCCUUCCCUGAGCAUGUAGAUACCCAAGAGAUUUUGAAACACCUGCGCCAGCACUUUGCUGUGCUGUGAGCUACUGACCAACACACCUGACCUGAAAGUCCAGUCUACCUGUGCGAUAGCUCACUUGUCAGAGUGUUGCUAUUAAACAGUGACUGGCCUCCUCAUGUAAUGGUUAGACAUCUUCACGAUCUACAGACAAAUAUUUUUCCUGCAGGGACACAACUGUUACUUGAUGGUGACAUUAUACAGGCUAAGUGAUACCAAGGGCAAUCUGGCUUGGGCAACUCACUGCACAUAAAUUAUUGUAAAACAGUAGUUUACAACUGCCUAGCCCAAUGUAGGUCUUGUUAGUUGUAAUUUAAGUGUUUUAUGUGCUUGUUUUUCUCUUCAAUGGUUGGUUCACAGGCUUGUAGAAUAGUGUAAGGUACUUUUAAGCACUGAUUAGUAAAUGUACAUAGUCAAGUAUGAACAUGGAAGAAACAAAUAUUUAUAGUAAAUGUAUUUAUAUGGCUAUCUUUUUAUAGUGUAUUUUUGUACUACCAUUCCUCUUGUCACAAUUGUUACGCGGAGUGGAACAGGGGAACCCUAGAGCAGACUCAGAUGAGGAGACUGGGAUGAAGUAACCAAGGUAUUUAUUGAAACAUGGGGAGAUGGAGUGCAGGUCAGGGGAAGCUCUGGCAGGUUGCUGGAAAACAAAUGCGGAGCCUGAGGCUGGAGCGAGAGGGGUUGAGACAGGGUGAGCAGGUCCGGAGGGGAAUCCAAGGGACUAGUAAAGUGGGGAAUCCAGGACAGAGUAGCAGGAUGACGAGAUGUUGGACUGGAGACGGACCAGAGUCAGAGCAGGCAUAAUGAGCAGAGAUUACGAUCUGGCAGUGAGGAAGUGGCAGGACUGAGUAUUUGUAGAGGUCUUGAUUAUGAAACAGGUUGCAGCUGGUGGGGAUCUGCUCUGACUCCAGCACACCUGUCUCCGCCCACACAAUCACACACGCACACACACGGAGAGGGAGAGAGCACUGGGGGAGUGUUGGCAGGUCAAGGAGACACCGGAUGAGCACUAGAGGGCGUGGCAGGAGCAGAUGUGACAACAAUUUGUAGUCUUGUUUGUUUUUGAUUACUCGUUAUAAUCAAAGAUACAGAACUCAUUCAUUUCUAUGUGUUUAACUUUACAGUAUGACAAUUUAUUUCAACAGAUACAAUCUUAUGCUAUGUACAACUUCAAUUUACAUUUGAUUCCAAUGCCUAUUUUCAAUGUAUGUAUUUACUUAAUUAAAUAAUGGACAUUUUACAGUCA